AUCACAUUCUUUCUCGCCCAUGCAUCACUCUUUCUACUUUCUUCUGUAAUAAUAACACUCCUUGCUACCGCACUAUCCCACCAAACCAUCACAAAUUCUUGCCUUUUGGAUCUAGAGUAGACUAUAAUACCCUAAAAGGCAAGAUAAUCAAUCGAGAACCAUGGUCCGUGUGUGCUUGACCCUGUUGUUGGCGGCGCUGCUCCUCCAAGGAUCAGCGGCAUGGCAACCCAAUGCUCGUCAUUAUUUGUCCAACUCGGUGGUUCUCCGUCGUCCAGAUUCGUUGCUCGUCGUCUUGAAGAACUCCAACACUGCUGUGGAUGACGAACAACAAGACAGUUGGACGGAGGAAGGAUGGUCGGUGGCCGAUGAUUGGAAUGCGCUGUCCUCGGAAACUAAUGCCGGGGAGGAUGUCGCCAUUAACCAAGACAUUGUCCAAACUGCCGCUCAAAAGAUGCUACUCCAAGACGCCGAAGAACCCUCCCAAGAAGACAUGUGGCUCAAUGACGUUAUUGAAAAUAUUCUACAGACACCCCUCUCCUCGACACCCCUCUACGAUACGGGCUUUGCGGCAUCACAGAAAACCAUGGCAUCGCCCGAACAGCAGCAACGAGCCUUUGAAGAAAACAUGGCCAAAGAAAUUGCCAUGCUCGUACGAUGCAAUGAGAGUCCCGAAGACAUGCUGGUACAAGCGGGACGAGCCUUGCCCGAAUUGACCACACUGCAAAAGACAGACGUGGCACAGCUACUCACUUGGAACGACAAACAAGACAAUGCAUGGGAACCCACGCCCUUUUUACAAGAGGCAAUCGCCACCAUGUUCAAGAGGCAUGCCACGGCAAUCCGCAAUAAUAAUAAUGACACUACUACCACUACAACAACCAUGGAUGCCAAGGCAGUCAGUCGAUGGAUGACCCAAAGCAUGGGGUCCGAUUUGGACUCGUAUACUACCCGAGGGCGAUCCAGGUCGGCCAAAGAUCUAGUGGAAGACAUGGAUCAUUCGACACGAACAACGAAAAAGGUGGUCAAGAUUGGACCCCAUGACAGUCGGGUCCUCAAACUCCUCUCCCAAUACUCCAAGUACGGAACGGGAAGACUCAGACUCGAGAACCUACAGCAAGUCUACAUGGAUGCUUUGACGCGACUGCCCAACGGAAUGCCAGUCAUUAGUGAUGAAGAUCACAAUCCUUGGAGAUUCUGCAAUUGCGCAAUGCUGAUCAUAUCCGUCAAGUAUGGAGGGAUUUGAGCAAUCAUGGCAUAGCACCCAAUGUCCAGGAGUGGAAGAAGCAACGCGCUCAACUGGAAGCUCAACUUGGAAAGAGCCUUCUGGCAGCCAAAAACGAGCAGCAACAAGGACAAGACUUUGUCGAUGAAUGUGAAAUCUUGGAUCUGACCUACUACGAGCCACCUACCACCACGGACACUGAUGAACAUCACGAUGAAAAGAAUCACAAGUACAUUCGUCAGAGCAGUC